AUGAGGCAACCAGUCGGCGGCGGCAGCGGCGGGCUCCGGGAGGCGGCGGCGAGCACCGUGGUGCGCGACCAGGCGUCGGCGGCAGCAGCAACAGCAGCGGGCACCAGGAGACGGCUACACGACGACCAGGCGGCGGCAGGGAGCACCGGGAGGCGGCAGCGGCUGCAGCAGCAGCAGCGCGUCGGCGGCAGCAGCAACAGCAGCGGGCACCAGGAGACGGCUACACGACGACCAGGCGGCGGCAGGGAGCACCGGGAGGCGGCAGCGGCAGCAGCAGCAGCAGCGAAUGCCGGCAUGAGGCGACCAGUCGGCGGCGGCAGCGGCGGGCUCCGGGAGGCGGCGGCGAGCACCGUGGUGCGCGACCAGGCGUCGGCGGCAGCAGCAGCAACAGCAGCGGGCACCAGGAGACGGCUACACGACGACCAGGCGGCGGCAGGGAGCACCAGGAGGCGGCAGCGGCAGCAGCAGCGAAUGCCGGCAUGA